CUAUAGUAACUGAUAAUGGUUCAAAUCUUCAAGUAGCAAAACAAAUAACUAAUGAUAUAUACUUACAAAUUAUAAAUCUUUGGUGUAUUGCUCACUGGUUCAAUUUAAUCUCAAGUGAUCUUGUUGAAAUUCUAUCAAUUAAAUCAACAUUAUCAAAUGCAA